CUUCGCUCUUGUCUUUCACGCUGACUGUUGCUUGCGCUGGCUUUGUUGCGGCAGUAGGUUCCUGAGAUUCAUGUAGCUUCUUUGAUCUCUAGUCAUCCCUACCUUUUCUCCUCGAAACGCUUCAACAUUUCAGCGUACCACUACGGGUGCUACAGAUAGGACAAGAUGUUCAUACGGAUAGCGCAAUUGGCGCUCCUCCUGUGCUUUGCACUGCUGGUUCUCGGUGCAGAAGACUACUACAAACUGCUAGGUCUGAAGAAAGAUGCCUCCGAGCGCGAGAUUAAGAAGGCGUACCGUACCUUGAGCAAGAAGUUUCACCCAGACAAGAACCCUGGAGAUGAAACCGCUGGUGAGAAGUUUGUCGCAGUGGCCGAAGCCUACGAUGUCCUCAGCGUCGAGGAGACACGCAAAAUCUACGAUCAAUACGGCCACGAGGGCAUCGAGCAACAUAAGAAGGGCAACGGCCCGGGUCAGCGUCACGAUCCCUUUGACCUCUUCUCACGUUUCUUCGGCGGCUCAGGUCACUUCGGACACCAAGGCGGAGAGCGACGAGGACCUAAUAUGGAAGUCCGCGUUGCCAUCCCCCUACGCGAUUUCUACAACGGGCGCAAGACGGAAUUCACGAUUGAGAAGCAGGCUAUCUGUUCUGCUUGCGAAGGCUCGGGAUCUGCAGAUGGACAUGUCGAAACAUGCGGUACCUGCGGUGGACGCGGAGCAGUCAUCAGGAGACAGCAGCUCGCACCAGGGCUCUUCCAGCAGGUUCAGAUGCAAUGCGAUGCCUGCCACGGCAAGGGCAAGACGAUCAAACACCCAUGCUCUGUCUGUCACGGCAGUAGGGUAGUCCGCGAGUCCGAAACCCACGAACUGGACAUCGAGAAGGGCAUGCCCAAGGGUGUGCGCAUUACUUACGAGAACGAAGCCGAUGAGAGUCCAGACUACGUAGCCGGAGAUCUAAUCGUACACCUCGUGGAGAUGGACCCAGCACUCGGUGAACAGGACCACGAACGUACCGAUGGCACCUUCUUCCGCCGCAGAGGCCCGGAUCUAUUCUGGCGCGAGGUACUGUCGUUGAGAGAGGCCUGGAUGGGUGACUGGACACGCAAUGUCACGCACCUGGACGGACACGUCGUCAAGCUAUCUCGCAAGCGUGGCGAAGUUGUACAACCGAACAUGAUUGAGAUCCUCAAAGAGGAGGGUAUGCCCGUGUGGCACCAACAGCUGGAGAACAACGAUGGGCUUCAGUACGGUAACCUGCAUGUCGAGUACGUUGUCGUGCUACCAGACCAGAUGGAGAAGGGCAUGGAGAAGGACUUUCAUGCCGUGUGGGACAAGUACAGGAAGAAGAGUGGUGUGGUUCUUGACCAUGCACUUAACAGGCCGGAAGGUGACAUCAAGAUGCCGGAAGCGGAUGGCCAUGAUGAGUUAUAGAGUAUGCGAGACGACUUUUUGCAUGAUAUGGAUACCCGCAGGUGGAUUGGAGUCGUGGAGUUAGUCCGUGAACAGUACUGUCGAUGCGAACAACGAGUAGAUCUGCAAUGUAUAGAGCGAACAAAUUCAGCAAGUAUCUCCC